AACUAAAAAAGGGUUCCAAAGUACCUGGAAACAUUUCCCAUGAAUGAUCAUCAUCUUCAAUCCAAUCCUUGAACGUAAACUCGCAGCCUUGGCCAUCCCACAGAUCCCUGUUUCAGAACAAUAAUGGAGAUUUUCAAAAAGGCUGAAACCGUGCGUUUACGUAGCUACCACGACAAGUACCUUCUAGCAGAGGAGGACGAAGAAUCCGUGAGCCAGGACAGAGACGGGCGGUCUAUGAACGCAAGAUGGACGGUGGAGGUUGUAGAAGAGGCGGAUGUGAUUCGUCUCAAAAGCUGCUUUGGCAAGUACCUAACCGCUUCAAACAUCCCAAUGUUCCUUGGUAUGACCGGCAAGAAGGUAACGCAAACACUACCACGAAGGCUAGACUCAUCAACUGAAUGGGAACCCGUUAGAGAAGGUGUUCAGGUUAGACUCAAGACGAGGUAUGGACAGUAUCUCCGAGCUAAUGGGGGUUUACCGCCAUGGAGGAACUCAAUUACACAUGAUAUUCCUCAUAGGUCAACCACACAGGACUGGAUUUUAUGGGAUGUUGAUAUUUUGGAAAGCAGAAAGAAGAAAGCACCCCCGGUGGCUGAACCGGUUUAUACGCCUCUCCCGUCUCCCCCGCCACCACCAGAACUUCUGAUGGAAAGAAAAGAUGAUCAUCCAGAACCCAAUUCACCCAAAGGAUUUUCUCUCAGGUCCCCAAGAUUUUCCAAAACUGAGUCUGAUGACAGUGUCCGCUCACCAGUCAAGGCAGAUGGCAGGCUAAUUUAUUAUAGAAUUGGGGACGAAGAUGGGAACGUGGAUGAAACAGCAAAGGAAGAGCUUUUCUGCUUCAAGGGUAUGGGACUAGAAGAACUGCAAGAGAAGCUUAAAGGAGAGACAGGUCUAAGUGAUUUAUCAAUCUGUUCCAAGAACCCUUUAAACGGGAAAUUAUAUCCCCUUCGGUUGCAUCUCCCUCCCAACAAUACAAAGAUGCACGUCGUCUUGAUCCCUUCGAAAGGUUAG